AUGCGCAACGUCUUUUCCAUGGCUCGAGCAGGCCUCAUUGCCACCUCACUUCUGGCUGUUACUAACUCUGUUGAUGCGCAUUCCUGGAUAGAACGCGCUAUCAAGAUCAAUCCUGCCAACCAAACUUUCUUUGGAGCAGAGGGUUACCCUCGCGGGUACAUCCCUCGUUCAGACCCCUCCUUCAAUGAUGAGAAGGUCCUCCUACGACUUCCGUAUACCGGCACGGCCUUCUACACAGGCGAUGAGAAAAUCAACAAGGCUGCCUUUGAGGCCAAUCCAUCUUUCCCCAUGCUCGAGGCUGCGCCCGGUGACUUCAUCGCCAUCACUCAUCUUGAAAACGGACACACCACAAAACCUCAAACUAACCCCCUCAAGCCAUACAACCGGGGCACUGUUUUCCUCUACGGCACAGCUGAUCCCAAGGAUGACGAGAAGCUUUUUGACAUCCACCUGAAGUGGAACACUGAAGGUACCGGCGGCGAUGGCAGGGGCAAGCUUCUGUCUACCCGCAACUACGACGAUGGCCAGUGUUACGAGGCUCGCAACGAAGGGCUGGCGCUUAGCCGAGCCCAGGCUCUCAAGACGAACCCCAGCACCCCGCUCGCUUGCCAGUCGGACCUUCAGCUUCCUGAUGAUCUCAAGCCCGGCUCAAUCUACACCAUUUACUGGUACUGGGAUUGGCCCAACCUGAACCCAGAGGUCGUUGACAUGGAGGCUACGAAGAACGGUAUCUACCCAUGGGCCGGCACUUUCAUGCGAGGCGAGAAGGACCCCAAUGGAUUCACCAUGCAGGCCAUCGCCACCAAUGAAAGCUACGCCAGCACCCUUGACAUCAAGAUCGUUGAAAAGUCCGGGUACUCUACCAAGGCCAAUACCGAGAGUUCCUCUUCUGGGCUCUCGGACGUCUUCAACAUGGCUAUUGCCUCUCAACUCAAGACUAACUUUGAUGUCAAUGUCAACUACGGUGAUGGGGGCGAUAACAGCUCGGUCCAGCCUAGUGCCAGCUCUACUUCACACACGCCAACACACACUUCUGCCAAACAGAGUUCUACUUCGGCUCCGGGUAACGGCGCCACGGCUACAGUGACAGUGACAGAGACAAUCCCAGCUACUACUGUAGUCUCUACCGUAUACGUAACAACGUCCGGUGGUGGCUCUGGUGGUGAUUGCUGCCACAGCAGGUCAACCAUCUACCAGACAGUCACGGACAUCGACACGCAAUACACCACCGUGUAUCCCAAGGGAACACCUACCAGCAGCUCCUCGGCCAGCUCUAGACCAGCGACACCAACGGGCGCUGGCAUGAAUGCUCAGAGUCAAUACAUGACAAAGCGGCAUUGA